AUGGCGCCUCCUGCUCCGCCUCCCCCUGCUCCGGUGCCAACUGUUCCAGAGAGUCUCGAGGCAAGCCUGUUUGGUGAUAUGAAUGAUAUUCGGACUAUUGGAUGUUACAUGAUUGAGGUAUGGAAAGCAGCCGGCUUGGAGCUUAACGGGGUAGAGUUCGUGUGGUUGUCAGAUGAAAUGAAUCGCCGUCCACAUGAAUACUGGACGCUUGUGAUGGAUGUUGCCAUAAAUAACACCGUGGGGAGGAUGAUAAGGUGCUGGGACAAGACCUUUGAAUAUGCACUCGGGGUGUACGGAAUGCCUGCUGACCCAUAUGACCGGCUUGAUGUCGUGGCUAAAAUGAUCUUUGAACCUUGCAUGCAAUGUGCUGCUGUAUUACUCCCGAAGGCAGACAUAUGGCUGUUGUCCAUGGAUCAUGACGAGGAUCUUGAGGAGGUUCGCGAGCUAACUAGAGAGUACUGCAAAGACAUGAAGGGUGAAAAUCAACCUAUUAUUCUGUCCCAUAAUAAGCUCCCCGAUUUAAUAGAGGACGAUGAAUUUGGUAAUAUAGGAGAUCCAGCUUGGGCCAUCUUCAUGGAAGACGGGGAACAAAAUUUGAGUGUGAAAGUAAGGAAAGCUUUCUGUCCUAUAAAAGUUGCACAAGGCAACCCUUGUCUGGAUUACAUUAGACAUAUUGUGUUUUCAUGGUUUGGACACUGUGAGGUGCCCGGGAAAGAAGAGAAGAGUGGUGGUAGCAGGACGUUUCACAAGAUGGAAGAGUUCAUCACUGAUUAUGAAAGUGGUGCUCUGCAUUCCGCUGAGGUGAAGCGGGCUCUUGAAGAAGCACUAAAGAAGAUUAUGAAGACUGUAGGUGCCCACUUCGCCGGCAACAGUAAAGCAAAACAUCUUGCGAAAGCUAUGUGGGAGUACAUGAUAUAA